AUGGUGCUCCAGACAAUGAAACACGCGUGGGGCUCGAGAUCCGUGUCUGGUGUGUGCGUUGAAAGGAAAGAGGGACGACCAAACACGUACCUGAUGUACGAGUCCAACAUGAAGGCAACAACCGAAACAAAGCAACCAACGAUUGCGUGUCUCGUAGAUCGCAAGACAAGCAAGCUCUCCUGCCGCGUUGAUUGCAGCCCCCGUGUCAAUUCACUCUCACAGAACGUUGCGAAUUCGUGGCUCGUCGACGAAGGAACGAAGCAUCCCAGGUAGCCAUGACAGCCACAGAUGACAGUCACAGGUCCACGAAUGACGUCAUGCUCUGGUCUGUCAGUGUGUCUGUUGCGUUGCGCUGCGUGUCCACCCCCUCCACCCCACCCAGCGCCGCCAGGCUUCAGGUAAUCAUUGCGGACACAGAUCUAUCUAUGGGAUAAAUGUUGGAAUCAAUCGUGCUGCUGGUGCUGGUGUUGUCUGUCAGACCCACCACAGUCAGACGGCUGACAGCGUGUGUGUUGCUCUCCUGACACCACAGCACUCCCUCAGGUCAGUCCUGAAGGGACGGACACACAGCAAAGGAAACGGCAUAUGACUGUUGGUGAGUACUGAUUCUCGCUGCUGCUGAUGUGUGUGUGUGUGUGUGUGUGUGUGUGAGUAGCUGCCCAUGGCGACGGAGGCCAUCAUGCAGAUCCUGACGGACCCUUCCCCCGACCUGACGUGCCUCAAGGGCCACUGCGAGCAGGUGGAGAUCCUCACGACAGCGGGAUCUGACAGCGGUGCGACCGAGCAGGCCACCAUGUACACCAUCCACAUGCUCGCCUGCCUCUACGAGGACGACGUCCACGGCGCGCGGUUCCUCUGGAAGCGCAUCCCCGCCUCGCUCAAGAGCAACGCCGACUUGAGUGCCGCUCACCGUGUGCUGGAGGCCAAGUGGAACAACAGCCAGGGCGGGGCCUUCGAGCACCUCGAGGGGCAUGCCUGGAGCGCACCCGUCAACGUCCUCGCACACGCCCUCUGCCGUAGGCAGCGGGAGGCCACGCUGGGGCUCAUCGGACGGUCAGUCAGUGAGGGUGGGAGGGAUGGGAGCGGUGGUUGGCUAGCUGGCUGGCUGAUGGAUGCUGUGUCCCGCAUAUCUGUGUGUGGUGCGUGCGUGUGUCGAUCAGGGCGUACAAGUCGAUUCGUCUGGAUGCGGCGUGCAAGCUCCUCAACAUGCAGCCCAACGACUCCAUGCAACUCUUCCAAGGUCAGAGAGUGACACACACGACACAGAUCAGAUCAGAUCCACUCAGUCAGCCUUGUGAAUCCAUCGCUGUCUGUCUGCCUGUCUGUCUGUCUGUCUGCUUCGGUCGCUCACUUCAGCCAAGGGUUGGCGCGUGGACACGUCGGCCUCGCCGUCGCCGCUGGUGUACCCCAUCAAGACCUCGACGUCCGUGGCGAGCGCCGCCCAGCAGUUCGACAAGACGAUGCACCGGUUCUCGCACUACAUGGCCUUCCUGGAGCAGCUGGAGCUGCAGGGGCAGGUGCAGGCUGGCGAGGCGGGGGGCGCCAACGGCACGGCGGGGGCCAGUGGCGGGGGCGGCCGCCGGGCGGUGACCAGCGGCGUGCACCAGCGGAUGGGCUGA